AUGUUCCCGCGGCUCACCGAGCUGGUCGUGUUGCUGCUGCGGCUGUUGCUGACCUCCUGUUCGAAUGUGGACACCUACUCGGGCGUCGUGGACUUUGCGCGCGAGCGAAAGGUGGCGGACCAUACAGAGGUGAGCAACGAUCCCAUGGCCGAAGUGGAGGCCCAGAGACACCGGGAGAUCCUGGCGUCGGCUGUCGCAGGGGUGAUCCUGAUCUUGCUGAAGUCGGCCCGGCGCUAUUCCUCCGAGGACUUCGCCUUUCUCUCGCAGCUGGUGGCCGAAUCCAACGGUGCCCUGGUGGUCCUGAAGUAUCUGAACCAGGACAUGAGCGCGGAGCAAGCCAUUCCCCCAGUUUUGCCAUGUUUGCAAGCUGCCGUGGCAGCAGGAAAACGCUUGCCGCUGUCUGCUUGUUUCUGGCAGGCAUGUGGCACCUUAAGGCUGGUGGAAGUGUUGUAUUUGGUUUGUCGAGAUUGCCCUGAGCGGGUGCGGAAGUAUCUGAUCCACUACCGCGCGCCAUUUAUUUUGAAGCGCCUCAAUCGGGUUGAAAGCCCCCGUGCGCAACGGCUGGUGCUGAAACUGCUGAAGAAGCAGGUGCGAUACCUGCCACGUAAAUGGAGGCAGGCCAACAUGAAGGCCUUGAGUGCCAUUUAUUUGCAGGUGACCAUGUCUCCUCUGGAGGAUUGGCUACUGAACGACGCGGCGGAACAAAGUCUUGAAGGUCCUUCCGCCAAGGAGCUCGCAGCCGUCAAUCGCAGCGAGAGCCAGGCAGUUCCACAGAGAGAAUCUGAGAUCUCGGCAGAUGGCCUGGGCUAUGUGCUGUCCUUCCCAGAGUUCGUUCCGAGAAGUUGA